AGCCCAGCAGAGUCGCUCUCUCCGCCAGCGCCGCCGCUCCCGCCGCCAGCGCCGUCACCGCGCCUCAGCUCCGGCUCCCGCUCCGCGCCCGCUCGGUCGGCCAUGCCGCCCCGCCGCGCCCCGGCGCCCGGCGCGCAGCUGCUGCCUGCGCCCGUCCUACUACUAUUGCUGCUCGGCGCGGGGCCCCACAGCGGCUGCCUGGCCAGUCCGGUGCCCGCCGCGCCCCUGCUGGUGCCGGGCCCCUGCGCCGCGCAGCCCUGCCGGAAUGGGGGUGUGUGCACCCAGCGCCCCGCGCCCGGCCCGCAGUCCUCGGCCCCCGCCGGCGAGCCCGGCUACAGCUGCACCUGCCCCCCCGGGUUUUCCGGCGCCAACUGCCAGCUUGUUGCAGAUCCUUGCGCCAGCAACCCGUGUCACCAUGGCAACUGCAGCAGCAGCGGCAGCAGCGAUGGCUACCUCUGCAUUUGCAACGAAGGCUAUGAAGGUCCACACUGUGAACAGACACCUCCCAGUGUCCCAGCCUCUGGCUGGACAGAGUCCAUGGCACCCAGACAGCUUCAGCCUGUCCCGGCUACCCAGGAACCUGACAUAAUUCUGCCCGGCUCUCAGGCAACCGUCACUCUGCCCACGUGGCAGCCGAAAACAGGGCAGAAAGUUGUCGAAAUGAAAUGGGAUCAAGUGGAGGUGACUCCAGAUAUCGCCUGUGGGAAUGCCAGUUCUAACAGCUCUGCGGGUGGCCGUCUGGUGACCUUUGAAGUGCCGCAGAACACCUCAGUCAAAAUUCGGCAAGAUGCCGCAGCCUCGCUGAUUUUGCUGUGGAAGGUCACGGCCACGGGAUUUCAGCAGUGCUCCCUCAUUGAUGGCCGCAGCAUGACCCUCCUCCAGGCCCCCGGGGGCCUCGUCCUCUUGGAGGAGAUGCUCGCCUUGGGGCACAAUCACUUCAUCGGUUUUGUGAAUGACUCUGUUACUAAAUCUAUUGUGGCUUUGCGCUUAACUCUGGUGGUGAAGGCCAGCACCUGUGUGCGGGGGGACGGCCAUGCAAGUGACUUGGAGUGUUCUGGAAAAGGAAGAUGCACCACGAAGCCAUCAGAGGCAACGUUUUCCUGUGACUGUGAUGAACAGUACGUGGGUACUUACUGUGAAGAAUUUGACGCCUGCCAGGGGAGACCCUGCCUGAACAACGCAAGCUGCGUUGAUGCGAUCGAAAAGCAAGACGGGAGAAACUUCACCUGCGUCUGCCUUGCGGGUUAUACUGGAGAGCUCUGCCAAUCCAAGAUUGACUACUGUAUCCUAGACCCAUGCAGAAACGGAGCAACGUGCAUUUCUAAUCUCAGCGGAUUCACCUGCCAGUGUCCUGAAGGGUACCUGGGCCCGGCCUGCGAGGAGAAGGCGGACCCGUGCGCCUCGGCGCCCUGCCGCAACAACGGGACGUGCUACGCCGACGGGCCGCGCUUCGGCUGCAGCUGCAGCGCGGGCUUCACCGGGCCGGCCUGCGCGCAGCUCGUCGACUUCUGCGCACUCAGCCCCUGCGCCCACGGCUCGUGCCGCAGCGUGGGCACCAGCUACAAGUGCCUCUGUGACCCAGGCUACCAUGGCCUCUACUGCGAGGAGGAAUACAAUGAGUGCCUCUCUGCCCCGUGCCUGAACGCUGCCACCUGCAGGGACCUCGUCAAUGGCUAUGAGUGCGUGUGCCUGGCGGAGUACAAAGGAAUCCACUGUGAAGCCUACAAGGACCCCUGUGCUAACAUCAGCUGUCUGAAUGGAGGCACGUGUGACAGUGACGGCCUCAAUGGCACGUGUGUCUGCACGCCAGGAUUUACAGGUGAAGAGUGUGACAUUGACAUAAAUGAGUGUGACAGUAACCCCUGCCAUCACGCGGGUACCUGCCUGGACCAGCCCAAUGGUUAUACCUGCCACUGCCCCCACGGCUGGGUGGGAGCAAACUGUGAAAUCCACCUGCAGUGGAAGUCCGGGCACAUGGCCGAGAGUCUCAGCAGCAUGCCCCGGCACUCCCUCUACAUCAUCAUCGGCGCCCUCUGCGUGGCCUUCAUCCUGAUGCUGAUCAUCCUGAUUGUGGGGAUUUGCCGAAUCAGCCGCAUCGAGUACCAGGGCUCCUCCAGGCCGGCCUACGAGGAGUUCUACAACUGUCGCAGCAUUGACAGCGAAUUCAGCAACGCCAUCGCCUCCAUCCGGCAUGCCAGGUUUGGGAAGAAAUCCCGGCCUGCGAUGUACGAUGUGACUCCCAUCGCCUACGAGGAUUACAGCCCUGAUGACAAACCCUUGGUCACACUGAUCAAAACAAAGGAUUUGUAAUCUUUUCUGGGGAUUAUUUUUCAAAAAGAUGGGCUACGACACUCAUUUAAAUAUUUUUAAGAAAAUAAAAAGCUUAAGAAAUUUAAAACGGUAGCUGCUCAAGAGUUUUCGGUAGACUGUUUAAGAACUAAUUUUCUGCAGCUUUUAGUUUGAAAGGAAAUAUUUUAAAAAAGGAAUUUGUGAAACCCAUAGACUACGUGUUAAUGUACGUCCAGCGCUCUAAGCUGUGUGCUUGGACUAGCGUGUGCGCUUUCCGUGGUAGACCCGAUCAGGAAUCCCAGACUGACUCUGCGGUUGUUACAGGGUCGGUCUCAUCCAGGAGAAGCUUCUGUGUGACGUGUGAGUGCCAGCUUUCUGAGUAGAGUUAGGAAACCCAUGUAGAGUAUGAACCAUAAUACCGUAUACCCGUAACUUAAAGAGAAGCCCGAAAUGUUUGUUCUGUGAAAAAGAAACUAGUUCAAUUUAUUAUUCUUAACCCGAAUGAAAUUAGCCUUUGCCUUAUCCUGUGCAUGGGUAAGUCACUUAUUUCUGCACUGGUUUGUUGAACCUUGCAGAAACCGGAAACAUUCUUUUGAGUUUGUGUGUUUUUGUUUUGUUUUGUUUUGUUUUGUCAUUUCUGUAACGGUUGUGAAGCUAGGCCUUGAAAACAUACCUGAGGAAAGGGCCUCAUGAGGCAAAUGAUGAUCAAAUGGAAUCUGUACUUUCUUUCACCGGUCAAGGUUUUUAUAUUGUGAGUAAAUUAAAUUUGCCUUGAAGUGGUUCCUCGCUAAGAGGUAGUAAACGUUGAGAGCGUACUGGUUCCCUCAGUAGUGAGUAUUUCUCAUAGUGCAUCUUUAUUUAUAUCCAGGACAUUUUUGUGGCUGUACUUGGUUGAUAUGUGCUGCUUCUGAUUCUUGCUAAUUCCAAGAGUAUUGAAUAAAUAUUACCAAGUCAAGGA